AGGUGCAGGUGACACAAGCAACAAAAAAGACGCACGAACAGCAAAUGAAAGAAGCAUUGGAACAGUUCACUAAAAGCAAUCAGGAACUGGUAGCUAAAUCUUUGGCAGAUGAAUACACAAAACCAAGCACAGCAGUGAAAAGGCCACGAGAGGCAUCAAUAGAAAUGUUACAUACUGAAAAAUCCUUGAUGCCGGCUCCAACAGCUGUACCCACUGACGAGGAGCAGCAGCAACCACCACCUAAAAAGCCUAAAGACACGGAUUCGAGGACGCUAUCUCCACAAGUACAAGCAUUACCUAAUGUCCUGACGACGCAGCCUCCUCAGCAACAGCCGACACAGCAGCAGCCACCGUCUCAACAAUCAUUACAGCAACAGACGCAGUCACCUCCAACACCGUCUCAACAGCCACAACACGAUGACGAAGGUGUCGAUAUCGAAGCGCUGUUGCCACCGUCUACGGUUGUCAAGCCAACCGGGCUCACUCCCGAGAAAAAGACUGCUACUAAGGAGGACAAAACGCCCUUACUAGCAGUGGUGCCAAAUCCCCAGCAGCCGUCGCCAACACCCACGCCUCCUCCCGCCAAAGAAAACUAUUCUGAAGAUAAGUCCGAUGAAUCACCUGUUAAGGCAACCGUCGAGGAACAACCCACCGAGGCACCGUCACCGCUUAAAGAGGAGCCUAGCAAACAAUCCCAGGAAGCCGUUGCGGCUACUACGGUAACGGCGUCCGCCGGAGAGGGCAGCGAUACCAGCCCGCCAGCGGCGAAAAAGGGCGCCAAACGUACCAGGGGAAAACGGAAAUCGGGCGAGACCAUCAUCGACCCCGAAUCGAUUGUCGCGAAGAAAAAUCUGCGAUCGAGCGCCAGCAGAUCGGCAGCCGCUGCCGCCGCGCGGCAAAAGCUCGAAGCUGAAAACGCGCAGAGAGAGAGGAAUGAGGAGAACGUCAAUGCGAACUCUUAGAAGCGGUCCACCCGCGGCAAACGAUCAGAUGACACUAGGAAAACAAUCUGGGACACAGAGAGAACUUCACAAUGUGAAACGACCUCGAGUGUGACUGGGCCUUUAGACACAUCCUCAUGGGUUUUUGGUGAACUGUGAUAUAAACAAAAAGACUCGACAUAAUGAUACAGCGCGGUGUACUCUGUGUUUUUUUUUUUGAAUGGAUUAUUACGCUUGUCUUAUAUGUACUCUCCAAGUUUACAAACUAAGAUAGAUAAAUAUUCGGUAGGUUUAAAUAAUGUUAUAACCAAGUGAAUGGCUCUGUUUAGGAAAACCACUAAGGUGUGGUUAAGUUUUUUAUUGUGAG